CCGACCCCGCUCCGCGACCGCGGCGUGAACACCGCCGCCACCGCCCCGGGCCCUCCUUCCCCUCCCGGCGCCUUCCCCUCCCGGAGCGCCGGCGGGGGCGAGCAGGCCGAGGCUGCGGCCCCGCGCCCCGGAGCUCCCUGACACCCCGCACCGUGACACCCCCGUCCCUCAGGCUCCCGGCACGGACCGGGGGCUGCGGGUGAGGGAACCCCUGGUGCCAGUGCUGGGGGAGCUGCCGCAGCCAGGCCCUGGGGUAAAGCUUGUGGUAAAGCUGUUCCCGGAGGGCCCUCUCCGGUGCYCUGUGCCAGUUACACUCAUCACAGACUUCGUUUCCUUCUUCAGAAGGAGUGGUACUGAGGUAACGUCUGAACACAGGUGGUGUUUUAAGAAAAGUGACAAAGAGCUGCCGGGAUGUUUCUCCGAUUGCUGUCCGAUAUCCAGUGGCGGGCAGCUCAUCCGAAAUGGAGGAGAAUGACCAGCUCCCAGCGRAGUACCUCAACUACAGCAGAACCUCAUCCGGUUUCACUGCCAGCACAGGCACAGGUUGUCAUCUGUGGUGGUGGAAUCAUGGGCACCUCUGUGGCAUAUCACCUUUCCAAGAUGGGUUGGAAGGAUAUAGUCUUACUUGAGCAGGGCAGGUUGGCUGCUGGUACCACUCGCUUCUGUGCCGGCAUUGUGAGCACAGCCAGGCCCAUGUCCGUAGAGCUGAAGAUGGCACACUAUUCAAACAAGCUCUACCAGCAGCUGGAACAGGAGACAGGAGUGCAAACAGGGUACAUGAAGACAGGCUCUAUUUCCCUGGCUCAGACUCAGGACCGACUGAUCUCUCUGAAGCGCAUUGCUUCAUCGCUGAAUGUAAUGGGGAUACCAUGUGAAAUUAUCAGCCCAAAGAAAGUGCUGCAGCUCCACCCACUAAUCAACAUCCAUGACCUUGUGGGGGCCAUGUAUGUACCAGAAGAUGCACUUGUGUCAUCUGCCAAUGUGAGUCUGGCUCUGGCAACYGCUGCCUCACGGAAUGGUGUCCAGAUUCAUGAACGGACAACUGUCAGUCACAUCACAGUCCAGAAGGGUCGAGUGACUGGAGUCGAGACUGACAGAGGGCGAAUUCAGUGCGAGUACUUUGUCAACUGUGCUGGCCAGUGGGCCUAUGAGUUGGGCCACUCUGGGGAGGAGCCAGUCCAUAUCCCACUCCAYGCCUGUGAACACUUCUACCUCCUGACACAUCCAUUGAAGGAGCCUCUGUCAAGCAGCUUACCAACUGUUGUCGACCCAGAUGGCAGAAUCUACAUACGCAACUGGCAGGGUGGCAUCCUGUCAGGAGGCUUUGAGAAAAACCCCAAACCUCUCUUCACGGAGGGACGGAACCAGCUGGAGAUCCAGAACCUUCAAGAAGACUGGGAUCAUUUUGGGCCACUUCUGAGCGCCCUCCUGCGCAGGAUGCCAGGUUUGGAGGCUCUGCAGAUCAUGCAGUUGGUGAACUGCCCGGAGUCCUUCACCCCAGACAUGAGAUGCAUCAUGGGAGAGUCGCCCACUGCACGGGGCUACUUCGUUCUGGCUGGCAUGAACUCAGCUGGCAUCUCGUAUGGUGGGGGAGCAGGCAAGUACCUGGCAGAGUGGAUGGUAAAUGGGUAUCCAUCAGCAAAUGUCUGGCCUUUGGAUUUGAAGCGUUUUGGAACCCUUCAGAGCAGUCGCACUUUCCUCCGUCACCGUGUGAUGGAAGUCAUGCCCCUCAUGUAUGAUCUGAAGGUUCCCCGCUGGGAUUUCCAGACUGGCAGACAGCUGCGCACUUCACCGCUGUACGACCGCCUGGAUGCACAGGGAGCCAGGUGGAUGGAGAAGCAUGGGUUUGAGAGAGUCAAGUAUUUUGUCCCRCCUGGGAAAGAUCUGCUGGAUUUGGAUCACAGCAAAACCUUUUACAAACCAGACUGGUUUGAUAUUGUGGGCUCCGAAGUCAAGUGCUGUAAGGAAGCAGUUUGUGUUAUUGACAUGUCAUCUUUUACCAAGUUUGAAAUAAGUUCCACAGGAGACCAGGCCCUGGAGAGUCUGCAGUAUCUCUUCUCAAACGACCUGGAUGUGCCAGUUGGGCAUGUCGUGCAUACAGGAAUGCUUAAUGAGAAAGGAGGGUAUGAGAACGACUGCAGCAUAGCCCGGCUCAGCAAACGCAGCUUUUUCAUGAUUUCCCCCACUGACCAACAAGUUCAUUGCUGGUCCUGGCUGAAGAACCACCUGCCUGAUGACAGCAACCUGGUCAUGGAGGAUGUGACCUGGAAGUACACAGCUCUCAAUCUGAUUGGCCCCCGUGCUGUGGAUGUCUUGUCAGAGUUGUCAUAUGCCCCAAUGACUGCAGAACACUUCCCCUCUCUCUUUUGCAAGGAGAUGAGCGUGGGCUAUGCUAAUGGCAUCCGUGUGAUGAGUAUCACUCACACAGGAGAACCUGGCUUCGUGCUUUAUAUCCCCAUAGAGUAUGCCCUUCACGUGUACAACGAGGUGAUGAACAUGGGACAGAAGUACGGCAUUCGGAACGCCGGCUACUACGCGCUCCGCAGCCUGCGCAUUGAGAAGUUCUUUGCAUUCUGGGGCCAGGAUCUGGAUGCUUUUACUACUCCUAUGGAGUGUGGACGYGAGUUCCAGGUCAAGCUGGAAAAGGGAAUGCAGUUUCUGGGCCAGGAGGCACUGUUGGARCAGAAGCAGAACGGUGUGUACAAGCGCUUUACCAUGUUCAUUCUGGAGGACCAUGACACGGACAUGGACCUCUGGCCCUGGUGGGGGGAGCCCAUUUUCCGCAACGGCCGCUACGUGGGCAAGACCACCAGCAGUGCCUACAGCUACACCCUGGAGCGCCAYGUCUGCCUCGGCUUCGUGCACCACUUCGAUGAGAAGACGGGAGAAGAGCUGGUGGUGACGACUGACUUCAUCAACCAGGGAGAGUACGAGAUCGACAUUGCYGGGCAGCGCUUCCAGGCCAAAGCCAAGCUCUACCCCUUCAGCUCCCUCUUCACACAGCGGCGCCGCAAGGAUGAGGUGGAACUGAGUGGCUACCAGAGGGAGUAGUGCUGAGUAGACUAGACCYGCUCCUUGUCCCAAGCUGGAGUUUUCUUCCACCAUCUUCCAGCCCUUUCUCCUCACCUCAUAUAUUUCUUUCUUUUCCUUUCUUCUCUUGCAACUUUUAAACUUUUUCCAGUGUGUUACAUUUUGUAUAUUUUAAAACUUUAAUUUUCAAGCUUUYCCAACCCUGUCUGUCUCCCUCCUUCAACCCUUGCCAGGCUCCCCUGUUCCCCAAUGAAUGAAGCACUGUGCUGAACAUGCAGGGCUGCUUGUGUAGGAGUGAACCCCACCAAAGGCCCUGACCUUCUAGUGAUGAGAAGGGUYGGGGUGAGCCCURAGGACUGCACCCUUCCUCKCUCCUCUCCAGCACAAGGSAUGGGACAGCAGGUCUUUGCUGCCUGUGGUUCAGAUGAWGGCUGACCUCACCCUGCUCUCCACAUACCAUGUUGUAGAGGGGUCGGUGUGUCGACGCACACAGCAAUAGAACGAUCAGCUACCUCACUGGCAUGAGACAAAGCAUUGUGUGAGCACAGCCAAGAGACAGGUUUUGGUGUUGUCCAGCCUGUCACUGCCCUCCUUUGUCCACCAUUUCGGUUUUUCCCUAGCAGGGAGUCAAGUAGAUUUAACGUCAGAGUAUUGAGAUGACAGUACUGUUAAGUUUGUUGUUGGUGGGAUUGGAUUUUUUGUGUGGGGUCACUGAAACUAAAUGGCCUUCUAUAAAUAUAGUCAAAGAUCAACAUGUGCAUUUCACUUCUAUAAAGGAAUGUUGUUUUUUCUUUUUUAUUAGCAAGAAUACUGAUUCCUAACAAGGACAGAUGUUAGUGUUUAAUGUUAAAUAGCAGUGUUGAAAUGCUGCUUCUGUUUAAGCUGCACAAUAUACAAUCUCUUUGGGGAUUGUCUUUCACUUUCCUUUGUUUAUGUGACUUGGUCAAACUUGUCUGGCAAGGUUCAUGGAGAAGUUGUGCUGGUUUGGGGAACUUGAGCAGCAGAAGGGGAUGUUAUCUUCAAGUUUUARCUGCCCAUGAUUAUUUUGAAAUUGUAGGGAAAGACACAGCACAGUCUCCCCUGUGGUGUGAGAAACACUGGGUUUUCUACCAGUGUUGAGMAAACAUCUCAGCAGUUCCUGCUGGACUCAAGAAGUUGUCUUCWGUUUUUCUCCUCAAAUCUGUUGCAGUUCUUUGUCUCUCAGUAGUACCUCAACUGAAGGGGUUGAAUAAGGGAGUGAACAGAGCAUGGUACUGGGAUUGUGAAUUGCUUUUCUUMAGCACUGCUCUUUGCAUCUGGCUUCUCAUACAGAUACUCCAGAUAGUGCAGCUGGAAAUUCACCCCUUCUGCCGAUGUCAAAAUGUGCCAGUUCAAUCACUGAUGGUAAAUGGUAAAGAAAUGGGGGAAUGCUGAAUUGCCUUGUACACAUUUUCAUCAUCUUCUUCUUCAUGUUUUGAGCACAAUCAAAAACAAAGACUCUUUUUAUUUACUUGAAAAAGAUCUGUUAGAUGUUUUCUCUGCCUCUGACACCACAUACUCCUCAUGGUCUUUCUGCUUCAGCAUCUCUUCUGGAGUUCAAACACAAUCUUGCACUGAUGUCUGCCCUGUCAGCUGUGAUGAAUAUUUUCUCUAUGGUCUAGAACCAUUUUUGGGCACUUUAUUUUCCAGUUAAAUGGUGAGCAUCAGUAGUGUAAAUAUGAGCUCAAAACCUUCUCUUGGUUCUUCUUUUAUGUUUGCUGUCUGCUGCUUUAGUUGCUUUAAGCUGUGCCUUCAGUUGAGUCUGUGGCUGCCAGUUCAGGAAAUUGUAAGGGAAUUUAGGAUUUGAGCAUAUGGUAUAGUAGGUUGAAUGUAGAUGUCACUUCCCUGAGCAUGUGUUCCUUUGUCCGUGGUGAAUUCCACUGAAGCAUGUGGCUUCUUCCAGCMUUUCAAGCUUAGUUCUGAAUUGACAUGCAAAAUUUUCCAGUUUCUGAAAAGGAGUGACCACACUGGGUCACUUUUUGAGAUCUCGCAGCCCAGAGUACUCUGUGUAGCUGCUGUAGGCGGAGAUUCUGCCUGCUUCUCAUUUCUUCCAAAUUCCUCUGUUACUGCUCUCUGAAUUGAAAUUUUGCCUGGURUGUUAGAAUAAAUUGCUUAAAUGAAAGGUUUGUAAAGCAUCUAAUAGCAGUUUAAACUCUGUAAUUACUUCUUGCAUAUCUUUUCUUCAUAGAAAGAUACCACAAUCCCAUGCUGGAUGUCUGUACCAGGGAGAGGCUUGGUCCUUCUCCACUGGUUUUAUGGGACACUGCUUUGCCUUCCUUAUACAGGGAAACAGGCAUUCAUCCAAAGAAAGAGAUCUGUAUGUGAUAUUUAGAAUGUAGAGCAGCCCUUCUGCUUAGCGUUCAUUGUCUGUUGGUUGUUGCUGUGUGAGGCACGAUACUCCUUCAGGAGAAGGCAAAGUAUAGGGCCAAGGUGURCUGAAGUGUGUAAUGAAACUGCUGAAGAGAGAUUUUAGCUCAAGCUGUUCAGUUCUCUGCAGAGUUGGAACUAGUGAAGACCACACUGAAAAGCUAGCAGCAUGCUGUCCUCUACCGACCACUCGUUCCAGCCAGAUUAUGUUCUUCCUUGUGAUUAUUUUUCCUUUYCCCUAAUUUAUAGGUGCCUGAUAGAUCCUCAGGCAACUUUUCAUACACGGAUGUCUCUUCUCCAGCAUUCUGACAGUAAAAUUGUGUUUUAUGAGCUACUUUAGUCAUUAUGUCUGCUAAGGUUUAUUUUAUGUCUGAAAGGUUUAUUUUAUGUCUAGAUCUAUUGACUUUUCCAUACCAAAAAUAGAGAGUGAAAAUAAUUUUCCACCGUGCUGGUAGAUAUAGCAACACUUUGUGUAAUGCUGUGUUUGCUGUUUGAGACUUGGGUGGUUUGGUAAUUGUCAGUCUUGCAGCUCAUUAACGCCUACUCUGGCCUUCCCUGCUAUGAAUUCUGUUCUUGUUUUAUAUCAGAACCUGAGAGAUCUUUUACUGCUGUUCAGGCUUAGUCAAUUUAAUUUCUGGUGUAGCUAUUUUUAAACUUACAAUGUAAAGAAUAGUUUGCCUUUACCAACUUGAACAUCCGUCAAGAGGACAAUUGGAUCACAUUUUAAAAUUGUGAUACUGAGGUGGAGGAAGAUCCUUCUAGUGUAGUGUUUUCAUCUAGAGGUAUUAAGCGGUGAUGCAAGACUCUAAUCCCUUUAUCUGAUGAUUAAAGUAGAGUGCCUAAAAAAAGAACAACAAAAUCUGUUGAAGAAUUACUACCUUUAGUACACCUUUAAAUUAGAAAAUUAGAAAUCACGUCUUCGAAGCUGCUGUGGCACAGCUUUAACAUCUAAGGUGGUAAAUAAUGUGGACUGUAAAACUCUGCAUCCUGAUUCUCAUUGUUAAAACUGCCUUAAAAUGCUUUUUGCUAAAAAGGGUGGUUUGUUCUCAUUCUGCACAGUGAGACUAUGAACCUUGGAUUGGGAAACACAAAAAUAGCAUCCCUCUCUGUGGCAGUGGAAGGAGAAAUGGCCUCAUUCURUGCUGAGGCAGCAGCUGCAGGUCUGCUCUCUGCACCUCGUGUGUAUCAGUCRCAGGGUUGUUACCAGUUCUCUGAGUCUUCCUGUUCAGAAUGGGAACAGCCCUGUAGAUUCCAUUCAUACAGGCAUCUUUGCAGGGAAGGUAGCCAGUGAAUUCUUCUAAAUGUGCAUCCAUGGGAAGGGCUGACUUGCCCAAGUGCCAUCUGGAGUCGGGAGGACUUGUGGAAAACAUAGYGCUUCCUUCCAUCAAAUAAUUUUUCUAGAGAUAUUACAUUGUCUUAACCUUGCUGUGUCCUAAGUACUCGUGUUUUAUUAGUCUUUGAGUGAGUACUGCAAGGCUUGAGUAAAACUGGUACCAGAAAAGCAUGAGUUUGUUGUUCAUAUUUAACGAUCUGAGGAUAAAAUUAACAGUCUAUUUAUAAAAUUAUGUUUUCUGUGUCAGGAGGAUAUGUUACAAUAAUUUUCACAUCCAUCUUUCCAGACUUAGUUUCUUUUUAUUUUCUCCAGUAUCUAGAUUUGACAGGCCUUGUUGGACAGUUUCUUAUUUUGUGGCAAGGAAGGGAGGCUGUGUGAAACUUCCACUGCAUCUYGGUGUCUUGGUGUAAGCUUGGAUUCCUCCUUUCUACUGUUGCAUUUGAGUUGCCAUCGAUCAUGUUGCUCUUCCUGUAACACCUCCAAACUCCAGCCUCUGCUGUUGUAGAAUUUCUCAUGCACAAGGUUCUUCUCUUCCUCCUACCUGAUGCUUUGUCAUCAGAGCCAGGUUGGCUCUAGAUCUGUGUCUCUACAUUAACUKAAGUUCUUCAACUCUUAGAUGGUGCUGAUACCAACAUCCGAACUCCCAGGCAGGUUUGUGGCUGCUGUAAAUCCCAUAAUUUAAUGCUCCCUUUCCCUGUGCCAGGAUUUUCCCACUGUCCUUAACACUUCUCUAGUCUCCUUCCUCAGAUGGCUGAGUGCAUUAGUUCCUUUUGCCAUCAGAGAGCGAGACGUGGCAAAAUAAAAACUGGUGCAGGGAUGGUGGAGUGGCUGAGCUGAGGUGGAAGGAGAGAUGUAAUGAAGGUUUGAUCCUUUGCUUWUUACUCAACUCCUUAAGCCCACCCUUGGAGAGAUGAUCAGCCCUGAUUCCCAGCUCAGGAGCAUCUUCCUCUGCAGUCUUGGUGCUGGACAAGUGAGAUCCAUGGCUCUAGGCAGAGUUGGCACAGCAUAAGCACUUGUUUCCCAGCACACAUUUGCCCCUCUCGCUGGGAUGAAGGAAAUGGUGGUGCCACACAGGAGAAGUGGGGGCUGUGUUCAGUCUGUGUGCACACAGGAGAGGUGCAGGCUGAUUGCCUGGAGCACUUUUGUCUCCCUGGCACAUUCUUCCCGCUGUAAAGGUACAGCGCUGACAGCACCAGCCUCAUCCUUCCAGCACAUUUGAACCACAUUGGUGAAUUUUGGGAAGGAAUCUGUAAAAACAAGGUAGUUUCUGUUUCAGGGGAGUGGGGAGUUUCUUGCAAGGGCAGAAGUAAUUUUUAUUUAAACCACAACACUUGGCUGCUGAUAAUGUCGAGCAAAAUGUUCACGAGCUUCAUAUUUGUCUUCCCAAAUAAGUUUAUUAUGAUACUGGGUCAGAAUAAUUUCUGCCCAUUUCAGGAUGUUUUCCUGUUUAAACUAACUUUUCCUUAAUUGAUUGUUUGGAUUUCUAUUUAAAAAAAAAAGGCACUUAGUCAUGGAACAGAAUUUGGGGAAGGUAGGGAUUGGUGUCAUCUGAUGACUUCAAACUGUCACUAAAAAGCAUUUUAAAAUUUUCUUUGCACUUUAAAAUUUCCUUAAGUAUUAUGGCUAUAAGCAAUGUGCUUAUAGCYCUUGGCAUGAGUAGUCCUUGCAUUUGAGAGAGGAAAAAAUUACUUUGAAUAUUUMUAAAUGCCUUAAAGCUUUAGGUGAGGUGUUUGGGCGCUGACUGUGCCUGCCAUUUGAUUCCCUUCCUGGAAAGCCGUGUGCUGCAUGCCCAGAGCUGGUAAUUUUUAGCAAGCUCUGGGGGAUGGUGGAAACUGCUGUUGCAGUAUGAGACUGGAAUUUGUAUGGAGCUGGGAGCCCCUGUGCUGUCCAGCUGCUGGGCUGACACCUUCCUGUUUGUUUCCCCCCAGAAAUGGAUUUAUUCACUUUUUCCUUGUGGUGUAAUGGGUUUUCUUCUUUCUCUAAAGAAGCCUGGGCUGGUGUAGCGUACUCUGUGAGUGUCCUGUUGCAUUAAAGGAAACAAAAUUCUCUGCCUGAAUGCUUCCCUGCUGUACCAGCUGACAUUUGCAGGYAGGAGCUGGGAGAAGCAGGAGUGGAGGGGAUCUGCUGCUGCCCAUCGUGUUUGCUGAGAUGGGCAAACACAUUUGUCUCAAAGCUGAGCUGGAUUACUGAUGUCAGGCUGGCUUCUGGAUUACAGCACAAAUCAGAGCUGCUUUGCAGGUGUGGCACGCUGGGCUGAUGUUCUGUUAGAGMUCCUGCCUGCUUGGAAUAAGGAAUUCCAACAAAGAGAUCAGUAUGUUAUAAUGAGGGAAGUGUUCACUUUAAUAUUUACUGAUUUGUUAAUACUAGAAACAGUUUAUCUUCCCACAGAUUCUUGACACCUGCUACAAGCAGAGCAGAUACUUGGGAACUGUCAGCAAUCCCAGCUAGGACCUGAGAAAAAUGCUGUGCUAUUGCCUUUCACUAUGGCACUGCUGAGAUUUUUUCCACACUAAAAUUCCCUCUUUUUUCCACAGUGGGACUCUUACUCAUAACUCUCACUUUUUCCAGUAUAACCAGUGGCAGAUUAGUUUCCCUGAAAUCCUUGACAGUCUCUCCUGUAUCUCCUGGUCAGGCUUGCAGCAGGACCCUCAUCCAAACCCCUUCAUGCUUUYGUCUCCUGAGACCAGAGUUUAAAAGGGCUGGGAAGAUUUCUGAUGCGUGCUACUGCUGGAAUUUUAAGAACAACUGAAGUUUGAACCUGUGAAAACACUUUUCUAGUGCCUUAYGCUUGUGAAUGUUGUGCAGUGGAUGUAGCUGAGUUGGGACAGAGCAAGGAGCAAUGGCAGCUGCAUGGUUCCCCCUCCACUGUGGCAGUGUYCCUCUGCCCUCACAGGGCCCUGGGAAGCAGAUACCAGCAGGUUCUCUCCAGCCCUCAGGGAGGUUCAUUAAUCCCUUUGCAGUGUGGGUCAGAGAAUCCUUGUUCUGGGUACUCCGCCUUAGAGGGGAAAAGUGGUCUCACCUCUGCUGAGUUUGGAUUUAGAAGGUUUUAGGAGAGACAAAGCUGCUCUGAUUGCCAGACACCAUGGCACAGGACAUGGACAGUUGUUCCCAAGCGCACAAGCCAGGGUGAGUUUGCUGCUCUCCACUGAGGCCAUGUUGUCAUGUAUGCUGUAUUUAUAUCAUGCUUGAUUUCAUUUCAUAUUUUGGUUUGCUUAAAUGUUGCUAGGUUUGUAUAUUAAUAAAGAGGCAUUUUAACUACU